AAUUGUUGAUUCUUUAUUGAGACAUUCAGCAUCGAAAUAUUAUGGGGGUUUAGUGUUGUUAUUUAUGCAAAGUAUAUCAAUUGAGAAAAAAUUUCAAGUUCUACUCUCAUGAAAACCAAAGAGCAACCGGACACGAUCAGUUUGGAUCAGUUGUCCCUCGCCUUUACUUGUCGGACCUGCUUGAAUACGGAUUCGCGACAACUGUUGAUUCCGAUAUUCGAGGAUCACAAAGCCAGUGGCAAAUCGCCGUACGACCUCUUUGAUCAGCUGCUUUUCCUGAAACUAAAGAUAUCUGAAAACGAUGGCUUUCCUGCUAAUAUUUGUAGCAACUGCAUGGAGCGACUUGCCACAGUGAACGCUUUCAGGACCCAGUGUGAAAAAGCCCAGGAGUUUUUAGAUCGCUAUUUUGCCGUGCUCCCCCAAGAGCAGUUGGCUGACUGUAAGAAGGAUCCCGACGAAGAAUACACAGAGUUAGAAUAUUUAACUGAGCCAAACAACGAUGAAGUUCAAUUGAAGACAGAAGCAUCGAGCGAUGAACUGCUGUGUCCUGUGUGCAAUAAGGCUUACAAGAGGAAGGUCCACCUGGAGCGACAUGUGGAAAGUCACAAUCAGAAGCAAUUGGAAACUACUCAUUCACUGAGCGUGUCUCUGACUAAUAGCGUUGGCGGCUGUCCAGAAGAUGUUAGUUCAGAAUCUCUAAUGCUCACAAAAAAGGCUGAAUGUCGUUUCUGUGGUGAUACAUUUGCAUCCAAUGAAGUUUUGGCAGCACACACUAAAGAAUCUCAUCCGAAGGAUCGUCCAUUUUCUUGUCCAAUAUGUAAAAAGGCCUUCCAAAGUAUAUCAAACCGUAACAAUCAUUUGCACUUACACAAUCAGGAUAAUCCUUUCAAAUGUGCUCAUUGUGGACAGACAUUCAAGAGUAAGGUUUAUUUGAACAGGCACAGAAAAGCAAUUCACACGAUAGGCAGUCAUAGCUGUAAUCAAUGUGGUGCAACUUUUACCAACACAACCAAAUAUGAGUACCAUUUGAAGUCGCACGACCCUAACAAAAAAUACAAAUGUACUUACUGUACAAAAUCAUUUAUCCAGCAGCACCAUCUGUUAAACCAUGAGAGAACUCACACCGGAAAGCGCCCUUUCUUAUGCAACGUUUGUGGUAAAGGAUUUAAGCAUGAGCCAAGUUUCAAAGUUCAUCUCAAAAUCCACGAAGGCAUUCGAACGCACGUUUGUUCAAUCUGUUCCAAAGCUUUUGUCCAGCGAAGCAGCUACAUUCAGCAUAUGGCUAAACAUAAAAACAUUCGAACGUUUCAGUGUGAACAAUGUGGAAAGAGUUUUAUCCAGCGUAACUCGUUGCUGGCGCAUUUGAAAGGACAUUCCGUUGACCGAUUGCAGCGAUGCGAGCCUUGCAACACAACGUUCAGUUCAUCCAAGCAACUUACGGAUCACAAUUUAAAGUUACAUAGCGAACGGCUCAUGGGUCAGGAAGAAUUCGGCGAUUCAUUGAAGACGGAACCAGAAAAACCUGAUGUUAAGGAGAAGAACCCUACUUCAUUCUACAAACUGAUGCCGUACGCAUGUAAACUGUGUAGUAAAUCUUUCCGAUUACCUUCUUCGCUUACAACGCACAUGAAAAUACACAACGAGGAACGAAAGUAUGUUUGUGAAGAGUGUGGCAGUACCUUCAAGAGGGCUGAACAUCUGCGAGUUCACGUAAAUGGAAUUCACUUGAAACGCAAACCAUAUAGCUGUGAGGUUUGCCAUAAAUCUUUUGCACAAUCUGGUGACAGAAAUGUCCAUAUGAGACGACACACGAAUGAAAAACCCCAUCAAUGUACAUACUGCGGCAAGGCUUUUAGAUUAGCUAAAGCCCUUAGGGCUCAUGUUCGGUUACACACCGGAGAGAAGCCGUUUUUGUGCGUCAUUUGUAGUAUGACUUUUAUUUCCUAUACUGCACUUGCCUGUCACACUCAAAAGCAUCAGGAAGAAGGACAGAGUCGCCCGUUGAUGAUAGAAACCAGUGCAACUGAUCCGGCGCUUGCUACAAGGGCCUUGAUUCCUGAAACGCGAAGUAAAGUAUUCGGGGACUAAUCGUGAAUUAAUGGCCUCACUGUAGGCGGGGUAAGCGAAUCAUUCUUUAAGGCGAUUCAGGGCAUAAAUACUCAAUAAACUUUGCACAUAACAAAACCGCUUUUUCCAUGUGCGCGCGGCGAUAUCAGACAAU